AUGGUACUCAACCGUUUGAAACUUGGCGGUGGAAUUCUGCCCGAUCAGGGCGAAGCUAAGAACGGUUCAUUUAAGAUAUUUCCUCGUGAUGAGUCCCCUACCUCAUGGCGUAUACAGCCUUCCGCCAAUUCAUUGUAUCCUCCACUACUCUUGAUCGCACCACCUGGCCACCUAUUCUUGUCACGCCGGUGGCCCUCUGACUCUAUGUCUGGUGGAAAAUCUUACAAAGAGGUUGAAAAGUCACCAGAGGAUGCACGUGGAUUGCAUGGCUACCCACCUGAAGCGGACGACAUGCAGACGCCGUUGUUUGUGCUUGGUCCAAUGGCUAAGCCAGGCUCUCGAUUUCACACAAAGUUAUUCUUUUCUUGA